UGCCUAGAGUGGCAUUGCCAAGCCAAGGCAAAAAGGUUUCAACACAAAAAGGUUUGAAUACAAAAGGAUUUUUUAACUCUUAUCUCAUCUCAUGAAAGUCUCCGCAGUGGUUUUCAUAGACGGACUUGUUUCCUUAACAUUGCAAAAACCUUCUGAGAUCUCUCAAAACAAAAUUUAUAGCAUGGAAGUGCUGGCUUCAAUUGUUGCUGAAGCAGUGGUAGCAAUAGGCAGGCCUCUCUUUGGAUCUGUUUAUUCUAUGAUCAAGAGCACAGUCAAAUUCCGAUCAUACCUUGAUUUCUUGGAAAAGAAGAAGAAAUCCCUUAUGGAUCUCAGAGAAAAUGUCAAAACUGAAAUGGAAUCAGCUGAGAGAGAAGGAAAAGUGCUAAGCACUCAAGUUAUUGAGUGGCUUAAUGAGGUUGAAAAGCUUCUUAUUGAAGUCAAUCAGUUUCAAGAAGUAAAGCUUUCUCGGCAUUCCGUAAAUUCUAGGAAACGGUAUAGGAUAAGCAGGGAAGUGGAAGGACAGCUCAAACGGAUAGAAUGGCUCCUAAAAUCUGGAAGUUCCCAUAUCGGUGUUGUGGCUGUCAACUAUUCAGUCCCCAGAGCUGUGGAGCAUAUUCCUGGACCUUCAAUUCAAGAUGAAACAACGGCAUCAAAAACAUUAGCAAAAACUGUGACUCUAUUGUCUGACCCUGAAGUCCGAAGGAUUGGUAUUUGGGGAAUGGGAGGAAUAGGCAAGACUACUUUGGUGAGAAACUUGAACAAUAAGCUCAAUGGUACUUCAAUGCAGCCUUUUGGCAUCGUCAUAUGGGCAACCGUUUCCAAGAAUUUGGACAUAAAAAAGGUCCAGACACAAAUAGCUGAGAGGUUGAAUUUGGAGGCAAGAAAAGGAGAAAGCAUAGAGAGAUUGGCUGGUCGAAUUUAUCAAAGACUCGAGAUUGAGGAAAAUUUUCUACUCAUUCUAGAUGAUGUUUGGGAGAAAAUUGACUUGGAUAGUUUGGGAAUCCCGCUGCCUGAAGUUCAUACGGGCUGUAAGAUCAUGCUGACUUCUCGGUCUCGGGAUGUUUGUAGGGACAUGAUGACAGAUGAAGACGUUAAAGUGGAUGUUUUGAAUGAUGAAGAAGGUUUGCAAUUGUUUAUUAGAAAUGCAGGCAAAGUUGUUAGUUUAGAAAACAUUAGGCCAUUUGCAGAAGCAAUUGCUAGAGAAUGUUGUGGGUUGCCUUUGGCCAUCAUCACCAUGGGAACUGCUAUGAGAGGAAAGACAAUGGUCAAGCUGUGGAAGCAUGCUUUAAAUGAGUUGCAAAGGUCAGUGCCUUGUACAGGAGGCGUUGAGGACAGGCUCUUUAAGCCUUUGAAGUGGAGUUACGACUCAUUAGAAGGUAAAAACAUAAAACCUUGUUUCCUGUACUGCUCUUUGUUUCCUGAGGACUUCUCAAUUGAAAUAGGCGAACUAGUAAGGUACUGGCUGGCAGAAGGUUUGAUAGAUGAACAUGAAAACAGUGAGUAUUCAGUUAAUAGAGGAAUUGCUUUGAUUGAAAAUCUAAAAGACUCUUGUUUAUUAGAAGAUGGUGCCCGUGAGGGCACUGUGAAGAUGCACGAUGUUGUUCGUGAUGUUGCUAUAUGGAUUGCAUCAUCGGCUGAGGAUGGGCAUAAAUCCCUUGUUCGUUCAGGGAUUGGCUUGAACAGGAUUUCUGCAAUUGAGUUGUCAAAUUCUCUCAAAAGAGUUUCUUUUAUGAAUAACAAGAUAACAAGGCUACCUGAUUGUGUUAUAGAAUGUGCAGAGGCUUCAACUCUGCUACUACAAGGUAAUCUUCCCCUUGACCGAAUUCCUGAGAGAUUCUUGCAAGGAUUUGAAGCACUCAGGGUCCUGAAUAUAAGUGGAAGCCGCAUCCAGUCAUUACCUCUUUCUCUACUUCAGCUUGGUGACCUCCGUGCUCUUCUUUUAAGGGAUUGCUUCUAUCUUGAAGAAUUACCCCCACUGGAAGGGCUUAGUAGACUUCAAGUGCUUGAUCUCACUGCCACUCGUAUCAGAGAAUUGCCUAGAGGUAUGGAAAAUUUGUGCAACUUAAGGCAACUAAACUUAUCCCGCACACACUAUCUAGAAACCAUUCAAGCUGGAAUUAUAUCCAGGCUGUCUUUUUUAGAGAUUCUGGAUAUGACAUUGAGUGGUUACCAUUUGAGUGUGAAGGAAGCGGUGGAAAAGGAGCUGACAUGCUUUGAAGAGCUCGGAUGCCUUGAGAGAUUACGCAUCUUAUCCAUCAGAUUGAAGAGAAUCCCUUAUCUCAGUUCUGAAGAUCUUUCCUGGAUAAAUAGAUUAAGAAGGUACCAAUUCUUUAUUGGCCCAACUGCCAACUCCUUACCAACUAGACAUGACAAAAGGAGGGUAACUAUCAGUAGUCUUAACCUUUCUGAAGGAGGAGGGAUUGAUCGGUUGCUCAGUAAUGCAAGUUCCCUGGUCUUAAGUCAUUGUUGGGGACUUAAUGAGAUGCUAGAAGACUUGGUCAUUACCUGUGCUGGCUGCUUUGCUAGUUUAAAAUCACUUACCAUUGCAGGCUCUAACAGCAGUUUACGGCCAGCAGGAGGAUGUGCUGCUCACUUUGACCUACUACCAAAUUUAGAGGAACUUCAUCUCCAAGACCUGACUUACCUAGAAAGCAUUUCAGAACUUGUUGGCUAUCUUGGGCUCAGAUUACUAAAAUUAAUAGAAGUGACUCGAUGUUCCCAAAUGAAAUUUCUUCUCUCCUGUGGCUACUUCAUUUACGCCCUGCCAAACCUAGAAGUUCUCAAAGUAAGCUCCUGUGACAAGUUAGAAGAGCUUUUUAGUCAUCGUUCAAUUCAAACUUUGGCUCCAGAUCCAGUAGUUCCAAACUUACGGACAUUGGAAUUGAAGAACCUCCCCAAAUUAAGGACUCUUUGGAGACACACAGAGACAUGGCCACAUGUAGAGAGGGUUAAUGUGAUCAACUGUAAUCUUCUCUCCCUAAUGGUUCUCAACCGAAAUGCAGGUACCAUUGAAGAAAUAAUAGAAGAAAUGUAAUGGCAGAACACAUUGGAGUGCUAUGCUGACAGAAUCAUAUAAGACCUGUUUACUAUUGAAAACUGCAAUUGUCGCUGAAAGAGCUCCCUUGUGGCAGUGAAUGUGCCGGCUGCUAUAUCACCUGGCUUCAAGAUUUUAUUUGCUUGCUGAAGAAUCAUGCAGCCUGUGGUGAUCUUUUCAUGCUGAUUUUUGGGUAUGUAUGGUAACAACAAGUGUUCUGUGUGUAUGGUAAUGGCAGGUGCUUCUGCUGUUGGGUUUGGUAACUUCCAACCGGCUGGUAUUGAUUAUUUUAGACAAAAGAGAAAAUGCAUUUACAUGGGAGAACAAAUAUAUAAACUACUUUAUCCUAACAGAAUUUCACCGAAGGAGUUGGAGAAAUUUUUGUGAUUAUUUUGUUUUCAUUA